ACUCUCACUAGAAACUAAACUAAAGGAAAGUGUUCAACGUUCUUACAAAUUGCAUCCAACUGUCAAUCGUAGCAUCGAUUCGAUUAUUCGGUUCAGAGGUGUUGUAAGGGUGGUUCUAGAGCAAGUAAAUUUCAUUUGAUUAUGGGAAACAUGAAUGUUGUUUCUCCGGAAUGUUUCAUUCUCCAGAAAAUACUUCGGACUAUUUUUCAAGCAAGUAUGGUGCACUGUUUGAUAGAAGCCUAUGGUUUGCUUAAAGACAUGAGAGUGGUAAAACCUCGAGUAGCCAGCAUGGAAGACAUGGCAGUUUUCCACACAGAUUCCUACCUGGAGCAUCUCCACAAGAUCAGUGAAGAUGGGGACAACGAUGAUCCUCAGUCAAUUGACUUUGGCUUGGGUUACGAUUGCCCGGUGGUGGAGGGCAUCUUUGAUUAUGCGGCGGCCGUUGGGGGGGCAACGCUGACGGCUGCAGAAUGCCUACUUAAUGGGAAGGACAAUGUAGCCAUCAACUGGGCAGGCGGCUGGCACCAUGCCAAGAAGGACGAGGCCUCGGGCUUUUGCUACGUCAACGACGCGGUGCUGGGCAUCCUGAAGCUAAGGGAGAAGUACGAUCGAGUGCUGUACAUAGAUGUGGACUUGCACCACGGCGACGGUGUGGAAGAUGCUUUCAGCUUUACCUCCAAGGUCAUGACAGUGUCCUUGCACAAAUUCUCUCCUGGCUUCUUCCCAGGAACAGGGGGCCUCCACGACACGGGGCUGGGGAAGGGCCGCUGGCACGCCGUGAACGUGCCGCUGGAGGACGGCAUCGGGGACGAUCGCUACUUCCAGCUAUUCACCAGCGUUCUGCAGGAAGUACACGCCGCCUUCAACCCGGAAGCAAUCGUGAUGCAGCUGGGGGCGGACACCAUUGCCGGCGACCCCAUGUGCUCUUUCAACAUGACGCCAGUGGGGGUGGGCCAUUGCCUGGACUACGUGCUGACCUGGGAGCUGCCCACGCUGCUUCUUGGCGGAGGAGGCUACAACCUUGCCAACACUGCCCGAUGCUGGACCUAUCUGACCGGCGCUGUGCUGGGCCGGUCUCUAGCUUCGGAGAUACCAGACCAUGAGUUCUUCACAGAGUAUGGGCCAGAUUACUCGCUGGAGAUCAGUCCUAGCUGCCGACCGGACCGCAACGAGACUCAGCAGCUCGACCGGGUCAUCAGCACCAUCAAAGGGAAUCUGAAGAAUGUAGUGUAGGGCCACGCUUCAGCUCAAGGUUCCCGAGUCGGAGGGGCCUAAUGAAGACAGUAUGUUGGCCCACUUGCCUGAGGGGAGCUUUUAAAAACAUCGCUUCAGUGUUUCCAGGAAACGUUCUAACGAGAGUCUGUUUGCUAAUGCUGCUCGUUCAAGUCUGUUUUAUUUACUGUCUUUUAAAGGGGUUGCAAAUAGGUUAUUUUUAACCAAAUGUCCAUUUUGAAAUCAAAAUUUAGAUAUACUCGUAGGUUAUGGAAAUACUUUGUGCGAAACAACAUGACAUACGUGAAUGGUUUUACGCCUUUUAAUGUUCUUGGAUAUCGACGCUGUAACCCCAGUUAGUGUUCAAACAGAUGUUACCUGUUAGGUAGACCCACGCGCCGAACUGUUAGAACAUGUACCUCAGAUCUAAGUUAAUAAGUUGGAGGUGAAGCCGCUGGCUUGCAUCCUUGGCUCCACCAAAAAUGGCUUCCAUUCCGAACCCCUUUCUGCCAGCCCCACUCUGAAGAUUUGCUCAUGGCCCUGAAUGCUGGCUCAGGCAGGAUGACGUCAGCCCAGCCGGGGGUCACUGGGAGGCUGCCAGUACAGGACCGCGCCAACUGUGGGAUUAUCAGCACUGUACACACAAAUUGUCAGCAAAGCGACCUGUCAGUACAGAUUCAUGCAGAACAUGACUUCAAAUCUCAAUGUUAAGAAAUGGUUUAGGUUUCAGAAUAACUCCAAACGGUUUAGACUUAGAAGCGUUUUGUAUUUUUUUAACUUUGUUAUUCACUGUAAAUAUUCCUCAAUAAAAAAGUGAUCAAACUUGA